AGCAGAAACUAUAAAAUUUCACUGAUAUUUUCUUUGAUUUUUUAUUUUCCACCACCAUGUCCGAGAAUUCUCCAGGUUCUCAAUUCUACUCCAAAAUGGGGUUUUCCUUCUCCUUUAAGUGCACAAACGAUACUGAACUUUUCUACUAUUCGAGAAAUGUUCCUGAAUGAAACACAAAGCCAUGGUGGUACCUGUAAUCCUUAGCAUCAUGAUGGUGUUGCAAAAUCUGCAUUACAAUAGAAGAUGGGUUCAUCCAGUGUCGUCGUGAACUUGUUUUGGAUAAAGGUGAUGUUGAAAUUAAUAAAAUGCAAUCGAAGUCACUGAAGCAAGUACCUGAAUUAAUCAAUGCAUCUUGCUCAGCCCUGCAGCGAAGUACACACUGUUAACACUUUAGGCAUGCCAUUCUGGUUCUGGUGUGGCAUUCCUUUCUGGUUCAGGUGAGGCAUGACUUUUAUCUCUUUAUUGUUUGCCUGUUAAAAAAAAUUCAAAAAUCACAAUUACAAAAUAGUUGCCCUACUAGUGAUGCUGAAGAGGGUAAGACAGUCAGCAAGGAAGCAUGGACAAUUACAACAUAGUUGCCACACUAGUGUCGGACUUAAACAUGUCAUGUUGGAUACUCCUCAAACAAACACCCGUUGGAUACUUCUAGUCUACAAACUACCGUAUUUUAAUGUUAUUUUUGAAUCAUUGUUAGAAUUAUUAUACUAAAUCUGAAAGAUUUGUGCUAGUAAAGAGUAAUGACUAUGUUAUAAUGCUUAUAUUUUAAACAAAGUUGAUUGUGUUAGAAUUUGUAUUUAUCUCAUAAAUAUAUAUCUUUAAGUUUUGUGUUUUUAUGUUGAUCAUAGAUUAAUUUUAUAUGUUAACUGUGUUGCGUCCUUUUUUUUUUUCUUUAGAAUUUUCCAUGUCCCUGUGUGAGUGUUGUGUCAUAUGCAUGCUUCCUACAUAGUAAGACUAAAAUAAAUACAUAAAAUAACUCUCCAUUAUACCCCGACUAGCGAGGGUGGGGUGCCUACAUAGUCAGACUAUUAAAAAAAUAAUUAGAGUCCAAUCUUCUAAAUUCUUAGCUGUAAGCAUUUUACUGUUUUGUAAGUUGAACAUUUUUAAUAUUUUAUUUUUACUAUGAAUGUUAUGCUUGAUUAAUUAAUUUGUAUGGCCAAUUUAUGCAAAAUAGUCAAAUAGUUUACUACUGUUUAUUUAUUUUUUUAUUUUAAUGGUAAUGCCUUUCUUUAUUGAGAUAUAUGUUUCUUUGAACUUUGCUCUUCAUCUCGAGUAUAUCCAAAUUUUAAAAUUUAUUAAUACUCGAACAGUCGAACUCAAUGGCAAAUGUGUGUAAGAUUUGAUUCCAAACAAUACUCACAUUUAUGACAUUGGCAAAUGUGUUUUUGUUUCCAAAUUUUGAAAUUUUCGAUAUUUGGAACCAAUAGAAAUCCACUUUGUCGUGUUUUCCUGUAUUUUAUUUAGAGUGUCAAAUAUGCCCCCCCCCCCUUUUAUAAAAGGGUUUAGGGCUCAAUUGUAGAGGCACAAAGAAAGGCAGGGAGAGGUGGUGGGUGAAAUGAAAGUAGGGAAUGGGUCAAGGAAAUGAAGACGAUGCCAGCCAACAUAAUCGUUCUGAGGGCCUGCCUCCAACUUCAUCAUCAAGCAAACUAAUGAAAAGGGAAGCAGAGUACAGUCAACUUCCUUGGGAUAUACUUGAUAUCAUUUCCAAAAAAUUAGAAUUUGAUGACCUUUUUCAAUUUGCUGGAGUGUGCAAGAACUGGAGGACAUUUCGUAAAGUUUACUGGAGUAAUUUCAUGUCAUCCGAAGCACCAUUGCUUGUUCUAACUUCUUCUUCAUAUGCUAAGAAAGCUUAUUUUUUCGUCAGCAUAUCUGAACAAAAAGUUUAUCGCUCGAAGCUAGAUUAUUUCUGGGGACUAUCCUAUUUGGGUUGUUCUAGUGGAUAUAUAAUUAUGGCUGGUGCCGAUACUAAACUUCUGCUAAUGAAUCCUUUUACAAGAAGAAAGAAGCUAAUCAGUACAUCAGCCAUUCACGGAUAUCUGCACUAUAUAAAUUGCCAGUCCUUAAUUGCUUUUGCCAAAGGUUCUGAAGAAUUUAUCGUAGUGUUGUGGUGUAAACGCUUUUACAGUUUGCAUAUCUAUCAAUCUCGACAUUCUUGUUGGGUUACUUAUUCAACAGGGGGGAAUCCAUGGAAGGUUGUGGACUCUGUGGUUUUGAAUAAUACUCUGUAUGCUAUUACUGACGAGGCCAAGAUAGGGGUAUUGAGCCUGAAUUCUGCAAGUUUGAGAUUUCUAGAACUGAAGAAUACUCCCAAUGUAACAGCCGCAUGGCUUAAGUUGGUUAGUAGUGAUGGGCAGCUUUUAGUGGUUCAUUAUGAACACACGAUAAAAUUGGAUGUGUACAAGAUAGACUUGUCUGCCAUGGAAUGGAUCAGGUUGGAAACUUUGGGUGACCUUGCAUUGUUUUAUGCCAAUCGCAGAAGCUGCUAUGCAUUGAGGAACCCAGGUAAGUGGGGAUAUGAAAGCAACUUUCUGUAUUACAUUUCAAAUAUAUCACGACACUGCGAAGUAUAUUCACUGAAUAAUAAACUGACAAAAUGCAUUGUACCAAGUGGACUUCGAGCUUCUCGUAGAUCAAGUUUCUACAGGUUGGAUUGGUGUUUUCGACAUUUACGCAAUGAGGUAGAUUAUUCUCUGGUCGAGUAACCUGUUACUUGACACCAAGCAGCCUGUGACCUUGUGUUUGGACAUUGUUCCUUGUAUUUCCCUUUUGUGUGCUAAGAGUUUGUUUGACAAGACUGGAGAAACAUGUCGUGGUAACUAGUUUCAAUAAUUUAGCUCAGGUUUUUAUUUGACUUUGGAUGGUUGUUUACCUGCUAAUUUCCUGGUUUAUCUUCCUUGUUCUCUGAAGUUUUUAGGCUUGAAAAGUCAUUUGACAAUUUAAUU